CUUUCAUGACCUUCACCGGAAAGCGGAGCUCAGAGUCCCGAUUUUUUUCCUGCAGCUGCGUGGCCCGGUCAUGGCGACUCCCGGCCCUGUGACCCCGGAGGCCUCCUUAGAACCAUCGAAGGCCCCAGUCAUUGAGGGAUUUAGCCCCACUGUUUACAGCAAGCCAGAGAGUUUCAAGGAAAAAUUCAUUCGCAAGGUCCGCGAGAACCCGCUGGUACCCAUAGGUUGCCUGGCCACGGCGACCGCCCUCGGCUAUGGCCUCUACUGCUUCAACCAGGGCCACAGCCGGCGCUCUCAGCUCAUGAUGCGAACCCGGAUCGCCGCCCAGGGCUUCACAAUCGCAGCCAUCUUGGUGGGUCUAGUUGUCACCUCUAUGAAGUCUCGACCAUGAGCCCAGGGUCUGGCCUCGAAAGCUCCGCAGAAAUCAUUCCAGGAGCAACCACUGGCCCUACCAUGGCACGUACUCCUUCCUCUCCUUUGAGCGCGCCCUGUGUCGUUGGGGGAGAAAGUGACCCUUUGUGUAACCCUGAAAAAUGUUUUCAAAAAUCCCAGAAUCUGUUGUUUAAAUGUUACAUACUUCUUAGUUGUGCCACAUCUCCCCUCCAGUCUGCUUAAUAAAACUCUUAAAAAUCCACUUGUA